AUGAACCUGGGCGGAGAGCCAGAGAAGCCAGCGUUGGAACAGUUUGGAGUCGACCUCACGGCGAGAGCAAGGGAUGGGAAGCUCGAUCCGGUCAUUGGCAGAGACGCUGAAAUCCACCGCACCAUCCAGAUAUUGUCGAGGAGAACGAAGAACAACCCGGUGCUGAUCGGAGCAGCCGGAACAGGGAAAACCGCAAUCCUCGAAGGGCUGGCCCAGCGGAUUGUCAGAGGCGAUGUCCCGGAGAGCGUCAAGAACAAGCGUGUCGUUGCUCUGGACCUGGGACAGCUGAUUGCCGGCGCCAAGUUCCGUGGUGAUUUCGAGGAACGGUUGAAGCGUGUUUUGAAAGAGGUGGAGGAUGCUCAGGGUGGUGUCAUUCUGUUCGUGGACGAACUGCAUACGCUCUUGGGCCUUGGAAAGGCAGAAGGAAGCAUAGACGCUAGCAACCUCAUCAAACCAGCCCUCUCCCGAGGCGACCUGCAAUGCUGCGGUGCUACUACGCUCAACGAAUACAGACAGAUUGAAAAGGACGUUGCUCUGGCACGAAGGUUUCAGCCUAUCCUGGUGGAAGAACCCACAGUACCUGACACCAUCUCGAUCCUCAGAGGUAUCAAGGACAAAUACGAAGUCCACCACGGAGUCCGAAUCACCGACGGUGCACUUGUUGCGGCAGCCACGUACAGCAAUAGGUACAUUACGGACCGUUUCCUUCCCGACAAGGCAAUUGAUCUGGUGGACGAGGCGGCUUCAGCAUUACGACUACAACAGGAAUCAAAACCAGAUGCGAUCCAAGAGCUCGACAGGCAGAUCAUGACCAUCCAAAUCGAACUUGAGUCUCUCCGAAAGGAAAAGGACAUUGCUAGCGUGGAGCGGCGCGAAAAACUAGAAGACCUGCUAAAGUCAAAACAAGAGGAAGUUGGGAAACUGACUGAAGCCUGGGAUAAGGAGAAGGCGGAGCUUGAAGCUAUCAAACAAGCUAAAGAGGACCUGGAACGUGCCAGGGGCGAGCUCGAACAGGCCCAGCUUGAAGGGAACUUUGCUAAGGCCGGUGAACUGAGGUACUCCACGAUCCCGAGCCUAGAACAGAAGCUCCCGCAGGAAAACGACCCUACAGCCACAGUCGCAGAGGGACGGACUCUUCUCCAUGACUCCGUCACUGCGGAUGACAUCGCCGGUGUCGUUUCCCGUACCACAGGCAUCCCCGUCAGCAAACUCAUGUCUGGCGAGGUAGAAAAAUUAAUCCACAUGGAGGAUACACUCAGAAAAUCGGUGCGCGGCCAGGAUGAAGCACUUUCGGCGGUAGCAAACGCUGUGCGAAUGCAAAGAGCCGGCCUCAGCGGUGAGAACCGCCCCCUGGCAUCCUUUAUGUUCCUCGGCCCGACAGGUGUUGGUAAGACGGAACUAUGCAAAAAGAUGGCAGAGUUCCUGUUUUCAACCGAAUCCGCCGUUGUUCGGUUCGAUAUGAGCGAAUUCCAAGAGAAGCAUACCGUCAGCCGCCUUAUCGGAUCUCCAGCCGGCUACGUUGGUUAUGAUGAUGCCGGCCAACUUACUGAGGCUGUGCGCAGAAAACCCUAUGCCGUUCUUCUGUUCGAUGAGUUUGAAAAGGCCCAUCGUGACAUCUCUGCCCUUUUGCUUCAGGUUCUGGACGAAGGCUUCCUCACUGAUGCUCAAGGACAUAAAAUUGACUUCCGGAAUACCCUUAUUGUCCUUACAUCCAAUCUCGGCGCUGAGGUCCUUGUUGCAGCAGAUGCUUCUCAAGGUGAAGAGAUUUCCCCAGAGAUGAAAUCGGAGGUGAUGGGGAUUGUCCAAUCGUCAUACCCACCUGAGUUCCUGAACAGGAUCGAUGAAUUCAUCGUAUUCAAGAGGCUUUCCCGUUCUGCUUUGCGGGAUAUUGUCGAUAUCCGAAUCAGAGAGCUCCAGGCCAGGUUAGAUGAUCGACGAAUAACCUUCAGUGUUAGCGAUGAGAUCAAAGACUGGCUUUGUGAAAAGGGGUAUGACCCUAAAUAUGGCGCCAGGCCUUUGAACAGGCUCAUCGCUAAGCAAAUCGGUAACCACCUUGCUGAUAAAAUCAUCCGGGGACAGGUUGUCUCAGGCCAAACAGCCACCGCCAUCUUUAACGCAGACAAAACAGGAUUGGAUAUCUCAACCGAAAAGUCGACGUGA